AUGCUCGACAACCAAGUUACUUCAGAGAAACCAUCCAUAAAAAAAAUCAUGAAGGGCUCCAUAAGAUUUUCCUUUGCCAUUGUUUUGGCCACAAUCCUUGCAGUAUGCUUGACAUGCUCGUGGUCACUUCGUACAGUCCAAGCUUCUCAACAAAUGAUUGAAUAUGAAGCUAUUCAAGAAUUAUUCGAACCAACUUCUGAUUCUUGGUCUAAUGAAGCAUUCAUGUUAGAAAUGGCUUCACACCCAUCUUUUGACGAACAUUUGGAUGGUAUCCUUGCUGAUUUACAAGAUUUUGACUUUGACAUUGAAGCUGAUGAUGCUUUACUUCAAUACAUGUCUACUUUAUCUGAUGCUGAAGCUCAAGCUCAAUUCAGAAGAUUCAGAAGAGCCUUCAGAAGAAUUGGUCGUGCUGUUAGAAGAGCAGGAAGAGCUUUCAGAAAGGUUGGUAAAGGUUUGAAGAGAGUUGCCAGAGGUGUUGUUAAAGUUGUCAAAAAGUAUGGUAAAUUUAUUGCUCCAAUUGCUUUGACUAUUGCUACUGGUGGUAUUGGUGGUGUUUCAUUGGCUGGUAGUUUGGGUAGUAUUGGUGGUGCUGUUGCUAAGGGAGCUGCUAUUGUUGCCAAAGCUUCUGCUAUUGCUUCAAAGGCUAAUGCUGUUCUUGGUGGAUUGAACGCUGUCACAGGUGGUAAAUCCAAAUUCCUCAACAAGGCAUUGAAGUUUACUGGAAAGGUUUCAGGUGUUUUGGGUAAGGGUUCCAUGAUCUUGAAUGCUGGUGGAUCUGUUGCCAGUAGUCUUUCCAAGUUGAGCGUCAAGAAUAUUGCUUCUCAACUCAAGCCAUCCAACUUGUUUAAGGGAGCUAACUUGUUCGAAAAGGGAUCAAACUUUUUGAAUAAGGCUUCUGGUUUGAUCAAGAAGGGUCAAGAAAUUACUACCAACUUGAAUAAUGUGACAGGAGGUAAAAUUAAGGCUCUCAACAAGAUUUCUAAAGGUUUAGACAAGGCAGGUAAUAUUGCUAGCAUUGGAACUGAUGCCUUGAAGGGAUUGAACGGUGGUUUCAACUCUCUCAAGAACUUGAAGAAUUUGAAGAAUGUUGAUAUGAAAAAGUUGUUGACCUCUGCCAAUAUUAAGAAGGGUUUAGGUAAACUCGAUUCCACAAUUGGAAAGACUCAAGAUAUCUUAUCUCGUGUUAAUGAUGUUACUGGUGGAAAGAGCAAAAAGUUGAACAAGAUUAUUGGUGCUCUCGAUAAGGGUAAAUUGAUUGUUAAUGCUGGAUCCACUGCUGUUGAUAGAGUUAAGGGAAUUAAGAAUUCCAUCAAGGAUUUGAAGAAUUUGAAGAGUACUGACAUUAAGAAACUCCUCACCAAUGAAGGAAUUCAAAAGGCUUUGGGUAAACUCGACUCAUCAUUGGGAUUUGCUUCACAAGUUAGUGCCAUCAAUGGUGGAAAGAGCAAGACCUUGAACAAGUUGAUUCAAAAAUUGGAAAAGGGACAACAAGCUGUUGGUAUUGGUAGCACUGCUGCUGAACAAUUCAAGAAUGUCAAGUCAUCUAUUGAACAAUUAUCCAAGAUGAAAUCCUCAGAUUUGAAGAAACUCUUGACCUAUGACAAUACUCAAGCAGGUUUGGGUAAAUUGAAUGGUGCUUUGGCUGGUGCUCAAGAUUUGGUCACUAAAAUUAAUGAUUUCACCAAUGGUAGAAGUAAGACUUUGGUUUCACUUGUUGAAAAGUUGCAAAAGGGUCAAAAAGUCACUGCUGUCACAUCAAGCAUUUUAGAAGGAGCUAAGGGUGUUAAGGGAAGUCUUGAACAAUUGAAGAAUCUCAAGAAGGAAGAUUUGAAAAAGGUUUUGGAUGCUGAACAUCUCCAAGGAGUUUUGAACAAUGUUGCAGGUGCUUUCUCCAAGGGUGAAAACAUUGUCUCUCAAUUGAAUGAAAUUACCAAUGGAAAGAAUAAGAAUCUUGCCAAGUUAUUGGAAUCUUUAAGAAAGGGUCAAAUGAUCACCAAUACUGCUUCAUCAGGAGUAGAAACUUAUAAGAAUGCUAAGAAUUCAAUUGAAGAAUUGAAGAAACUUAGAGGAAAGAAUUUGAAAGAAAUUUUGAAAUCUGAUGAAUUGAAAGAAGUUAUCCAAUCAUGGAAAGGAACAGUCAGCCAAGGAAAGGAUUUCGUUUCUCAAGUUAAGGAAUUGAAAAAUGAAUUAAAGAAGAAGAAACAAGAAGUCCCAGCUGCUAUUGAUGAAGUUCCAUCUGCAGUCGAAGAGCCAACUAAUGAAGAACAUCCAAUUGAUGGUACUCAAGAAGAACCAGAUCACUCAACUGAAUCUCCAGAACCAAUUAUUAUGAAUAAUGAAGAGCCAGUUGAAGGUGAAAUUGAUCCAGCCACUGCUAUGGGAUAA